AUUAUUAUUUAUUUAUUUUAUACUUCGUGUAUCUUGCUUCUCCCUAUCUAAACCUUGAGCAAAAAAAAAGAAAAAAUCAAGAAGAAGAAGAGAGAAAAAGGAUAAUUUACCGUACGACGCCUUUUUUGUUUCUCAUCUUUCAUUUAAAAGAAAAAGCAGUAGAUUAAAGCGAUUCCUUUACUUUAUAUAUCAUAUAUACAUAUAUCUGUUUAUUUUCUGUCGACCGUCAUCCCAUUUAAUCUUUAACGAUGAAAGUAAACAUUGUUAUCUCGCAACAAACUCAAGCAAACGAUCAAUUUGUGGCUGAUUUGGCUGCAUGCGUUGCCAGGAGCAAACGUGUUUUGGUCAUCACUGGUGCAGGAAUAUCCUGUAGCGGAGGAAUCCCUGAUUUUCGGUCAUCAGACGGUCUUUACAACCUGGUGAAGAAGAAGCACCCAAAGACAGUGAUACGAGGAAAAGAAUUAUUUGACGCCACGCUAUUCAGAGACGAAAACCAGACGAAAUGUUUCUACACAUUUAUGGCCGAAUUAAAAUCGCUUAUUUCUACUGCACAGCCCACCGAAACACAUUCUUUUAUUCGAGAGUUACAAGAAAAAGGACAACUGAUGCGAUGUUACACCCAGAAUAUCGAUUGUCUUGAAGAACGCCUCGACCUCCCUGUCGUCCAACUCCACGGAUCAAUGGCCAAGGUUAAAUGCACACUCUGCUCUAGCUCUUACAAUUUUUCAUCAGAUUAUGAACAACAGUUCCGCGAAGGAUCACCACCACCAUGCCCUAAAUGCGAACACGCCGACAGCGAACGUGUUCGUUUAGGCAAACGUACUCUUGCCACCGGUACUCUUCGACCAGAUAUUGUUUUGUACAACGAAGAGCACCCCAAUGGCGAGACAAUUGGUCGACUGCAGGCCAGCGAUCUAAAAAAGAAACCUGAUUUUAUGAUUGUUAUGGGUACUUCUCUCAAAAUCCCUGCUCUUAAGAAGUUUAUUAAACAAGCCGCACGAAUGGUUCACAGUACUCGUACUGGACGCGUCGUUUUUGUCAACAAAACACCAGCCACCAAAGAAUGGGACUCAGUCUUUGAUUAUGAAGUUAUUGGAGACACCGAUGAAUGGGUUAAAAUGACACAAGAAAAACUAGAGGACGAACAAGCCAUGCUUACAGCAAAACUAACGCUAUCUGGUCCUACAAGAUCUCGAAUUGUGGCAACCAGAAGCUCAAGCUCAACUGCGAACUGUUCAGAGCUCAUCACGUAA